UCAAGCCCCUCUAUAAAGUCCACCUCCCUCUCCUUUCAUUCUUAUCUUCUAAUUAAACCCUCUCUCUCUCUCUCUAUUUCUCUCUCUCUAGAGAAGAAGAAGAAGAUGGAGCGCUCUGUGCGUUUGGUUUCAGCUGUUUUCCUCGUGCUGAUGCUCCUCGCCGCCACUGAGACGGGGAACAUGGUGGCGGAGGCGAGGACAUGCGAGUCGCAGAGCCACCGGUUCAGGGGGACGUGCGUGAGGAAGAGCAACUGCGCCGCCGUAUGCCAGACGGAGGGCUUCCCCGACGGUAACUGCCGGGGCUUCCGCCGCCGCUGCUUCUGCACCAAACACUGUUGAUGAUGAGUUAUGGGAAUCCAUGGCUGUCGUACGUACGUGGUCGUCUCGUUCAAUAACUCGUCUAGCUAGCUAGCUAGCCAUAGCGCUGUCUCUGCUGCUGCUGUAGUAGUAAUAAUGAGUCUCUAUGUACUGUGUUCACGAACGGAGGCUUCACUCCCCGCUUUCUUCUAUGGUGUCUAAUCCAUAGCUCUGUCUCUCUUA